AUGGAAUCCUCUGAUUUGACCGCGCCUUACGCCAGGCAGGCCAACGUCUUAUCUCCCACGCAACGAUCUUCAUCCCAUUCGUCUCAUCGUGAGCCACACCGCAUGGCUGCCUUCGAAACGGUCACCGUGCCUGACCAGGGCCAAUCGCAACCGGUCAACGAGGUCACUCCGAUCGUGAGCAACUCUGACACAUCUCGGCGCAACUAUCAUUCUACCGACGGUCUACGGAACAGGGACUCGGGAUCAACAAACAAUAACACGGUCUCACGGGAUCCCGGUCAGCAGAAUUCUCAGUGUGACUCGGAAGAACCGCACGGCUCGUGGUAUAGCCGGCUGGCAGAUCGAUAUGGAAGCCUGGAGUUAGAAAAUAAAGGCAGUGUGGCCCGAGAUCAUCUCGCUCUGGAACGAACCUUUUUGGCAUGGCUGCGGACAUCGUUAGCCUUUGCAUCGAUUGGCAUCGCAGUAACCCAGUUAUUUCGUCUUAAUAGUGCCGGGACGAACGCAAAUGCCAAUCUUUCCGCUCAAAAUUAUCUUUUGCCAUCUGCCGCUUAUGAUUCCACGCCAAUAGGGGUGACAUCUGCCUCUGCACGCCUUCGGAGCAUCGGUAAGCCGUUAGGGACCACUUUCAUUGGAGUUGCAAUUUUGAUUCUACUGGUUGGAUUCCACCGCUAUUUUGAAAGCCAGUAUUGGAUUAUUAGGGGCAAAUUCCCGGCCAGCCGUGGCAGUGUUGCAUUGACAGCCUUUGUAGCUGCUGCUCUGAUUGUUACCGCUUUUGUUGUGAUCCUUGCCAUCUCCCCCGGCGCGGUUGAAGCGUAG